AUGCAGGCAUGGCUAGGGCGGUCCUCAUGGGUGGCAGUCGAUGGAGUGGAUGUGGAGGAGAGGGUCGAUGUUGUGAAGAGUGGGCUCAAGUUGGCCCAAUUGGGCUCGAACCAGGUGGAGGGGUGGAAAGGAGACACAGGUCGGAGGGAAGUGAAGGACCUUCCUGAUGUUCUGAUCACAUUGGAGGAUAAUGAAGAGCAUCCUUGGUUGACAGCGGAGGAGAUCAAGGCUCAAAUCUCGUUGUUGUUUGCAUCUGUAGACAACCCGUCCAACGUUGCUGAAUGGGGUCUGGCCGAGCUUCUGAACCAACCCAAGCUCCUUCGAAAAGCCAUGAACGAGUUGGGCCGGGUGGUCGGCAAGGAUCGGCUGGUCCAAGAGCCUGACAUCCCACGACUACCUUACAUCAAGGCAUGUGUUCGUGAAGUCCUCCGGCUCCACCCGGUUUCACCCUUCAACCUCCCCCAUGAGCCAAUCGAAGACACCACCGUCGCCGGCUACUUCAUCCCCAAAGGAAGCCGACUUCUGCUGAGCCGGAUUGGCCUUGGCCGGAACCCUAAGGGUUUGGAACGACCCGCUCAGAUUCGACCCAGACCGGCAUAUGACGGAUGGGCCGCUCGAGACGGACCCCGGUUCAUCUCGUUCAGUACAGGACGUCGGUCUUGCAUGGGGGCGCCGCCAGGGAGCGCGAUGACUGUUAUGCUAUUGGCUAGGCUUCUCCAGGCUUUUGAUUGGAGUCUGGCACCACCAGAAGAGUCCAACAUUGACCUCUUGGAGGAGAAGGAUAGUCUCUUGAUGGCGAAACCUCUGAGAGUGUAUGCUAAGCCACUGGAAAAGCUUUAAGAAGAUGAUUUUGUUACUAGAAGAGUUGAUUUUGGGUCCAUCUUCGGUCAUAAAAUCAAUGGAAUCCAAAGGAAUUAACUAUUUUCUUGGAUAUAAAAUCAUUUUGUUGGCAGUAAUUUCUCAGCUUUCAUACACGAAACUAAUUUAACAAAUUAAAUUUUGAAUUUGAAUUCAGCUUUCCAUGUUGACAUUGAUAUGUGCAAAAUUUUUAUUUCUUUCUGAGUUUA